AUGACUGAAAGCUCGUUCCUACCCACGGAAGGCUUCGGACAUAUCCAGGAGGCAGCCCUCGUCGCCCACCGCCGUUUUGAUAAGUGCAAGUUCGACCAGCCCCGCGGCAGAUCGCGCAACUCGGCUGUUCCCCGUCACAUUUGGACUUGCGUCGACGACAUUGAUCGCACGCCCGGCAGAUUCGCUGCCUUUUUGAAGGCCGAGGACUAG